AUGGUGUGGCGGCCUAGGCGCCCCCAAUCUCCCGCGCAGUCCGGAUCUGCGGAGGGUGACGCGGUGGCCGGCGCUACCUUAGCGGCGGUGCCGGCCGCGCUGGACAACGAGGACAUCCUCGGGAAAAUACUUCUCCGCCUCCCGGCGCGCCCGUCGUCGCUCCCGCGCGCCGGCGCCGUCUGCAAGCGCUGGCGCGGCCUUGUCACCGACCCCGGUUUCCUCGGCCGCUUCCGUGCCCACCACCGGAAGGCCCCCCUGCUCGGCUUCUUCUCCCACAACAGAGGCAAGAUUGGCUUCACCUCCGUGCUGGAUCCGCCGGACCGCAUCCCCGCCGCUGGCGGCUUCUCUCUGCGGCUUCCCAGGGGCAGCAGGGUCUACGGCUGCCGCCACUGCCGCAUCCUUGUGGUCACCAUCAAGCCAUUUGGUUUCCUUGUGUGGGACUCAGUUUCUGGCGACCAGUGCCGCGUGCCCUUGCCCUCGGCGUCCGGUGUCAACAAGUAUAUGAUAGAUGGGACAGUCAUUUGCGCCGGCGGCGGCCAGGGCCAUGUCCACGGUGCUUGCCACUCUUGCCCCUUCCUAGUGGUCUUCCUUGGCCGCUGCGGGGAUGAAAUUAUUGUAUGGGUUUACUCAUCGGAGACUGGCACAUGGGGAGAUGCAAUCUCAAUAAUGUGGCUGAGCCCAUUCGACCCGGAUGAUUUUGCUUGUUGCAACACCCUGGUUGGAAAUUCCAUUUUCUGGCUGUUCAAUGAAAGCAGUAUGUCCAUUCUUGAGUUCGAUUUGGAUAUGCAAUGCCUAGCUAAAGUAGAGGUACCACCAGAAGUGAUUGACCUCGACAUUUCUGUCCGCGAUGAGUGCCAAUUCUUGAUUAUGCUGGCAGAAGGUGGUGAGCUUGGCUUCCUCGUUCUAGAAGGUUUCAAUGCCCGAAUAUGGAAGAGGAAGGUCAAGUGUGAUGGGCCAGCUUCAGUGUUAUCCUCGGUUCCACCAGCCAUGAGGGAGGGUGAUCUAUUGAGUCACAUAGAGUUUGUCAAGCAUCAGGAGUUGAAUCUGAUUGUUGAGGAUCGCGAAGUGGACAGGUGGGAUCCGAUGAUCCUUGAAGCUAGUAUGCCACCUGUGCCACUCUUGUCUAUGCCUGAAGCCAAGGGUCGUGGUUUGUGA